AUGGUCGGUGCGCUAGCCAAGUGUCUCCAUACAGGUGGCUAUGUUGAUGGUCGUGGUUUGGAUUCUUCGACGUAUUCUGAAGCUGGUCCGAUUUUCUUUUGCGGGCAACGCUUCGUGGGCUUAGCUCCGGAGGCUGCUGAAGUAGAAUUUAUCGGACCGGCAACCGGCAGUGUUCCGGAAACUGCUGCACUCCGGGGCUUCAAUCGUAGUCGCGAGGCACCGAAACUGGUAGUGGUCAAGCGAGACGGCAAGGUAGCAGUCUUCAAUGUGGGACAGGAAGAACAGCCAAUCCGUACCCAUUAUGGCCUUUAUCUGCCGGUCGAGCCGGAAUCUGUGAGAGGAGACAAAGGGCGCCUUAGGGUCAGUGACCGUGUCCACCUUUGCAGGAAUCUGGCUUGCACCGAGGAGGGUGGUGAACAUUUUCACGGGUAUGGGGUGGUGAAGAAGUUCAACCCGGAGAGAUUCCAAGCAGCACAGGCGCAUCAUGGGGCCAUUCAAGUUGGCCGCACUGUGUGGAGCUGGUUAUAUCAUAGCAGCGUGGUUGGGAAGGUCAAGGAGCACGCGUCCGAGUCAGAGGCUGAAGACAUCAUGGGAUGCAUGGCCGGAAACAUUCGCUGGAACGGAGGAGAGGGUGUAGUAUGUCAAAAGGCUGGAGAUUCAGCAACUGCUCCAGAGAGCAGCUGCGGGGGUGUCCUGUGCACGGUUGCAGGGCUCGGAGUGAUCGCCAAAACAAUGGUGUUGCGGCGUUGCGGCUGUGACGUCCAUGAGCCAAUCGAUGGCAAUGGAUACAACGGCCCUGCAGCCUUGCGCAUCUUUCGCUACAAAGCGCUGGUGGCACUGCUGGUGGCUAUGAUCAUUUUGGCAAUAGCAUCAAGCGGCCAUCACCCGUUGCUGCAGAUUCAGGACUUGACAUCCAUAGCGAGAAAGUAUGAGAAUCUGGACACGUGGCUGUUCAACGGUGAGACCGUGAAAGGUGCCGCGGCCACCUCUGCCGGCUUCUCGAGCGCGCCAGCGGAGAACAUGCACGAUGGCAAUCUUUGCGGCGACGAUGAAGAGCUCUUUGAGGACUUGUGCUACAUGAAGUGCACGCUCCUCACCGAGGGCAAGAAUCCGAUUCGGACCAGUGCCUUCACAUGUUGCGAGUCGCACCCCUGCGGCUUCGGCAACACCAUCUUCAACAUGAAUGCGCCUUGUGCUGGCUUCGACGUAGCGGGGAAGAUCAAUGGGCAGAAGGGCGCCUGCCCACAUACCAUUGGCACCUGUCUGGAGGACGAAGAGCUUUUGUUGGGCAUGUGCUACAAGAAGUGCUCCCUUUUAACUGGAGGUCAAUUCACUCACCGCGUGGCGGCCACCACUUGCUGUUCCCAGACGGGGCUAGCAUGCUUGAACCCCAUGAAUCUAAGGACGGACUUCGUGGAUUUUCCAGUGGGAGGUGGCAAGGGCGACGGUACCAAGUCCACGCCCAGUAAGCCACACAAGCCCUUGAAGGUCCUCACAGAAAAGAACACAACAGGGCCAACGUCUGUGUCGUCAGCCACGACACCCUCAUCCCCACAGACUGCACAAGCUGCACAGGCGACUUCAGCCCCACUGUGA